AUGUGUCUCACUUUAAACAGGACUCUCACCUCUGUGUCUGAAACGGUACAACACUGUAAGGCAGACCAUGGUGUGGAUAUUCCAGAUCUUGUCCAAAAACACAGGCUUGAUGACUAUGGCUACAUAAAGAUGAUAAACUACAUUAGAACUACAAAGGUCUCUACAGAGAGUUUGCUACUGACUUCAAAUGGUCCAUUGCCAUGGGACAGUGAUGAAUAUAUGAAACCAGCUUUACCAGAUGACCCAUUAUUGCAGAUAGAUGUUGAAGAGUUGAGCGAGGCCACAGCUGUGACGUUGAGCCCUGCAGCUGGUGAUCAGGUGUCUCUUCUGCUUCAGAGAGCCAGACAGGCUGAAGACAGAGCUCAGAGAGCUGAGGAAGCUCUGGCCCGGGCCAUGGAUGAUCUGCACAAACUCAAGUCAUUGAGCGAGGCCACAGCUGUGACGUUGAGCCCUGCAGCUGGUGAUCAGGUGUCUCUUCUGCUUCAGAGAGCCAGACAGGCUGAAGACAGAGCUCAGAGAGCUGAGGAAGCUCUGGCCCGGGCCAUGGAUGAUCUGCACAAACUCAAGUCAGACAAGGUGCGCACUGAGAGCUAUCGAGACUUCAUGUACCGCAACAUGGAGGUCUUCAAGGGCAAGGUGGUGCUUGACGUGGGAUGUGGUACGGGAAUCCUCUCCAUGUUCGCAGCCAAAGCGGGAGCCAGGAAGGUCAUUGCUGUCGACCAAUCUGAGAUCAUUUACCAGGCCAUGGACAUUGUCAGAUCAAAUAAACUUGAAGACACCAUCACGUUGAUCAAGGGCAGAAUAGAGGAAAUUGACCUUCCUGUGGAAAAAGUGGACAUAAUCAUUUCAGAGUGGAUGGGCUACUUCCUACUGUUUGAGUCAAUGCUGGACUCUGUGCUGUACGCCAGGGAUCGGUACCUCGCAGAAGAUGGUUUGGUCUAUCCAGACCGCUGCAGUAUCAGCCUGGCGGCAGUGGGGGACACUCAGAAACACAGUGACCGCAUUGCAUUCUGGGACGAUGUGUAUGGCUUCAAGAUGAGCUGUAUGAAGAAGGCUGUGAUACCAGAGGCAGUAGUGGAGAUGUUGAAGCCUGAGACGGUCAUUUCAGAGGCUGCAGUGGUUAAGACUAUUGACUGUGGCUCUGUGACUGUGUCUGAGCUGGAGUUCACUGUAGAUUUUAGUCUGAAGAUAACGGCCAGCACCUUCUGUACAGCCAUCGUGGGCUAUUUUGAUAUUUUCUUCGACAAGAGCUGCGGAAACAAGGUCAUGUUCUCCACUGCUCCAGACUGCACUAAGACUCACUGGAAACAGGCGGUGUUCUUACUAGAAAGCCCUAUCCCUGUCAAAACCGGAGAGGAACUUCCAGGUCAAAUCACAGUGCAUAAGAACAGAAAGGACCCCAGAGCACUGCUCAUCACACUUGACAUCGCUGGCCGGAAGCAAACCUACAGCCUCCAGUGAAGAAGUUUUAUUAGGGGAAAACACAUACUUUGAGCAAUGCAGUGUUUAAUAACUGAAACAUUCUAUUAAAAGUUUUUCUAUCAAAUGUCAAUCAUUCAUGAGUUGUAUAUAGAGGGAAAGUUGUUCUCUCUGUGACAAACAACAGGACCAUACACAGAGUCACCAACUUGGGCAACUAAUUCAAGUCU